UUAACAGUGCUGGAAAGUUGAAGUGGUAUUUGUAGAGUAAAGAUCCUGUAUGAAUAGACACUGUCACCUAAAAAAUGAAGUAUGGGAGAGCCAGCCUGGGGUGAGCCCACAGGUAUUUUGUGAGGAAGGUGCAGACCAUGUGCAGGUAGCAUAAGCACUGGUAAUAGACAUGCAGGAGAUAGCCAAGAAGGCAACCCUUGAGGAUCAGCCCAUGUGCUACUGGGGUCCACAGACCAGAAGGUGAAAACCACUGGUGUUGAGAGGUGGUAGAGUCUCCAUCCUUGGGUUUAGUAAAUGUCCAUUGGGAAUUGGUGGAGUUGCUGCUGCUGGGGUGUUGGGUGGUAGGUGAGGAAGCCCUGUUUUCUGGGACUUACUCCCAACCAGGGCUUGGUUGCCAUAUGGCCAGUGCUCUGCAGAAUAUAUAGUGUGAAGUCCAGCGCCUCAUCAGUCUCGCCACUCAACCUAUUUAUGUUGUGUUUGCUGUAUCACUACCAGCAUAUGCCUACAGGAAACACGGGAAGCCAAACAGAAAGUGGUAUUUCUUUAUAAAGUACAAGCUGGCAGGCAAACUUGAUUUCUUUCCAAUAGAUUUACAGCCCAGGAGCUUGCAGGGAAAGUGACAGAUAUAUUUGGAACCAAGGUGUUUGAUUCAGUGAGUCAUGAAAUCUAACACUCAAAAUUUUAACGCAAAUCGGGUUGGCUGUGACGCGGCCAUGCAGACUGAGAGCUGAUUGAUGUGGAGAACUGAUGGAUAGGUUUGGGCUGCCUCUUGAUGGCAGAGGGGGAGAUGGGCCAUUGUUGUGGACUAGGGUGAGACACAUGAACAGGACCAUGGGGGUGUCCAUGUGGCUUUGAGACUCCAUAGUGUUUGUCAGGAGGCAAAGAAGAUGGGGUUGGUGCCAGGUGCUGUAGCUCUGUUAGUUCCUUGUAGCCAGAUGGAGGCGGUUGGGCUGUCAUCUUGGUAGCAGAGCUGCAGCAUGGUGUUACACUGUUCCAUACCAAACCUCCCUGGGGGGGAAGGGGACGGAGACACCAGCAGCCCUUCCCUGACAGCCAGACAGGGACAGACACCCCUUGCCCAGGAGCACUUAGUCCAAAGGGAUGUGAAAACUGAGGCAGGAGGGCAACAAGGUGCGACGUGGGAGCAAAACACAGAGCCAGAGCGACGAAAGAGUCUUCUAGGCUGAGGGCAGAUUAGCCAGCAGAGAUGAACCAGGAUGAACUGUAGCAUACUAGGGUUUCAAGCUGUGGUACAGCCCCUCUUGGCAUGGAACGUUAUGUUCAGGGCACCAUAUGACUUGAAAGCGCUACCAGCAGGUUGGAGGGAGUUGCUGUAGAAGAGGCAUAAAAAAGACCAGGCUGUCUGGAGCUAAAGCCAUAUCGCUUGGUAAGGCUGACAGUUUCCGGUGGGUGAUGGCAGCAUAUGAAGGGUUUUGCUGAUGUUCAAAGGCAAGGUUGUGUGACUGACUAUCCUGGGGGAUCUUGAAAGGGUCAGAGGCAUGAAAUGGACAGGUUCCCUGACCUUCACAGAAGAUAGCGCCCAAAACGUCUUCCCCUUAUUGAAAAUCAUGAAUCGGAAAAUAACCUCAAAGAAAGAAGUGAGAUGUGGCCUGGUCAAAGGAGGACUGUCAAGGUAAAAUUGUGGCAAUAAAAUGGCUUGGUUUCACCUCAAACUUGAACAUUUCCCUGAUGCUGAGAUUAUCCAGGUUGUGGAGUGGUUUUUCCCCAGGGAAGGGCAUCUUUCAAACAACCCCGUUCCAAGUCUUUGAAACGAAGGAGCAGCCCAGUACCAAGCCCCAAGAAGUAAGUAGGGAUCUCCAAAGCAUCAGUGUCCCUUCAAGAUCAUCCUCUCGCAGGUUCAGGACAGAGUUCCUGGAGGAGUUCCCCUCCUCCUUUCAGGCGGGGAAGCAAGCCAUGCUUCCUUCCUGUUUGCUCAUUAAGUUUUCUCUGUAGGCCUCAGUCGCCUUUAGGGGAACAUCCAACUCGGGUUUCUCAUAGAUCCAAAGGCUCCCUGCUGUUGCAGUCUAUCCCUGUAGUUACAGUUCCAUUACAGUUCCAUCCCUGCCAGGCACUUGUGUGGUUGGCUGUGCCUCCAGCUGUGCUGGGAGCAGGACCAGCGGGAUGGACACAGCCAGCAGUACACAAGCUGCUGCAAAGCAGUGCUCUGAGCAGCAUGGGGCCAGGGGCUGGCGCUGACAGUGACAGUACCUGCCAACCCAGGGGCUGGGAGCUCAUACACACAAAAAAAGGUGUGCUGCCCUUUGCUGGCAGAUAUUUGAGGCCUGAUGCAAAGCCAGCUGGAAGGACUUCGGACCCAGGGCAAGAGUGCACUUCAUUUUUGCUUUGAAGAAGCCGAGCCUGCCAGAUCAAAGCUUUGGAGGCCUGGUGUGUGCCUGGCUAGCUCAUACAGAUGAUGAAGCAUGCAGGGAGCUUUGUACGUUGACUGAAGGAGAUGGAGAGGAGGCAGAGAGAUGCAGGGCUUUGGCAGGUCCUCCUCCUUCCUGGUGAUACAGGACUGAUCUCUAUUGUAUGCUUGUCAGUGCUUUGCCCAGGCUUGUUUGAAAUGCAUUGGUAGCACAUUUGCUUCUUGAUGCUUUCUCCCUUGGCCUGCAGAUCAUGUUCCUCCUUGAUGCACCCGGCGUGUCAGCACUUCUCCAGCCUUCAGCUGCCUGAAAACCCUAUGCCAGGUCUGAAGCAUGGUGCAGGGCAGCUUUCCCACCGCUUAGUCUGCAGCAAGAGUGUUUUUUACCCAUUUCUUUUGCUGCUGUACUCUGGGAAAGGCUUUCAGCUAAUUUGCUGGCCCCUUCUUCCUGUCUCUCCUGAGGCUUUUCCCUGCUUUGCUCUCCAAGGGUCAGUCUGCUUUUCCUGUGGUCUGUUCAUGGCUGCAGGCGGUUGGCACAGAGCUCUGCUGGGCUUCACUGGCGAGGUGUAGGUAACCUAGGUGGCUGUUUAGGGGUUGAAAAGGUUUCCUCAACUUUGGGUUGCUGGCUGCUGCAUGAAAGUUCCCAAUGCCCAGUGCAGGCAGGUCUGUGCUGCGCUGGCAGAGGGUGACACGUCCUCCGGGCUCAGGUCCCUGGCAUUAUAGCAUAGAUCACCUAUGGUGCUUGGGAGACCAAGGGCACCUCGGAGGGGCAGGUCCACAAGGUACAGGCCAUGCAACCAGCAAGCACCCUCUGGGGCCAGGAACCAAAACACACCUCACCUCCCUGAACACUGAAUCCUAGAGAUUUAGCACAUUUGGGGUUGGUUUUGUUUUGUUGGUUUUAUUUAAUCUGGAAACCUUUUGUUUUGUAAUCCCAAGCCUGCUGCUAUCCAGGCAGGUAUCCUGCCUGUCUCUGUGCCUCCGGUCUGUUGUGUGGCUGUCACCUUUCCAUAAAGGAAUGUAUCUGUACCAGAGCACAAUCUCUCUGUUCUAAUUACAGAUGGGUUAUUAACAUUUACUGGUGAGAAAACAAAUGAACAUAGCUUGUGUGCUGACAUCAUGCUUCCUGCAAGUGCAGGCACAUGCUUUAUUGAUUUAUAUUUUUCUGCAGGCAUUUCUCAGGUCACCUCCUCAUGUCUGGCUGACAUCAGUGGUGUGGCUGGAAGAACGCAGCUAGACACUUGCCUGUGUCAGUGCAUCUGUCUGCCUGUAAGCCGGCUGUACAGCUUCUGCAUCAUUCCUGCGGAAGACGAUGAAGCUGUAGAGAUGCUUCCCUACGUGAUUGCCACGCUUGGCUCAGCGGGGGCCACCUGCAAAAGCUCCACAUGCAACAACAGCACCAAGGACUACUGUUACAGUGCCCGCAUCCGCAGCACUGUGCUGCAGGGGCUGCCCUUCGGAGGGGUGCCUACUGUCCUAGCCCUUGAUUUUAUGUGCUUUCUUGCACUGUUGUUUGUCUUUUCAAUUUUGCGUAAAGUUGCUUGGGACUACGGACGCCUGGCCCUGGUGACUGAUGCUGACAGGCGCCGACGCUGGCAGACGGAGCGAGAGGAGCGGGAAUACGUAGCCUCCGCCCUGCAUUCCGACAACCAUGACCGCUACGAGCGCCUCACCUCCGUCUCCAGCUCUGUGGACUUCGAUCAGAGGGACAAUGGUUUCUGCUCCUGGCUGACAGCCAUCUUCAGGAUAAAGGAUGACGAGAUCCGGGACAAGUGUGGGGGUGAUGCGGUGCACUACCUGUCCUUCCAGAGGCACAUCAUCGGGCUGCUGGUGGCUGUGGGUGUGCUCUCCGUGGGCAUCGUGUUACCUGUCAACUUCUCAGGGGACCUGCUAGAAAACAACGCCUACAGCUUUGGGAGGACAACUAUCGCUAACCUGAAUUCUGGGAAUAACCUGCUGUGGCUGCACACAUCUUUUGCCUUCCUAUACCUGCUGCUGACAGUGUACAGCAUGCGCCGGCACACCUCCAAGAUGCGCUACAAAGAGGAUGACUUGGUUAAGAGAACUCUCUUCAUCAAUGGGAUCUCAAAAUAUGCUGAGCCAGAGAAGAUCAAGAAGCAUUUUGAGGAGGCCUACGCCAACUGCACUGUCCUGGAGGCCCGUCCCUGCUAUGACGUGGCCCGACUGAUGUUCCUCGACGCGGAGAGGAAGAAAGCAGAGCGUGGCCGAAUCUACUUCACCAACCUGCAGAGCAAGGAGAACACCCCGUCCAUGAUCAACCCCAAGCCCUGUGGCCACCUGUGCUGCUGUGUCAUCAGAGGCUGCGAGGAGGUGGAAGCCAUCGAGUACUAUACCAAGCUGGAGGAGAAGCUCAAAGAUGACUACAAGCGGGAGAAGGAGAAGGUGAAUGAAAAGCCUCUGGGCAUGGCCUUUGUCACCUUCCACAAUGAGACCAUCACAGCCAUAAUCCUCAAAGAUUUCAAUGCUUGUAAGUGCCAGGGCUGUGCAUGCCGUGGGGAGCCCAGGGCCUCCUCCUGCAGUGAGUCCCUCCACGUCUCCAAUUGGACCGUCAGCUAUGCCCCUGACCCACAGAACAUCUACUGGGAGCACCUGUCCAUCCGGGGCUUCAUCUGGUGGAUCCGCUGCCUCGUGAUCAAUGUGGUCCUCUUCAUCCUUCUCUUUUUCCUCACUACCCCUGCUAUCAUCAUCACCACUAUGGACAAGUUCAAUGUCACCAAGCCCGUGGAGUACCUCAAUAACCCCAUCAUCACCCAGUUCUUCCCCACCCUGUUGCUGUGGUGCUUCUCUGCUCUGCUGCCCACUAUCGUGUAUUACUCUGCCUUCUUCGAAGCGCACUGGACCAGGUCUGGAGAGAACAGGACAACCAUGCACAAGUGUUACACCUUCCUCAUCUUCAUGGUCUUGCUGCUGCCAUCGCUGGGCCUGAGCAGCUUGGAUGUGUUUUUCCGCUGGUUGUUUGACAAAAAGUUCCUUGCCGAAGCUGCUGUGCGAUUUGAGUGUGUGUUCCUGCCAGACAACGGGGCCUUCUUCGUCAACUAUGUCAUUGCCUCCGCCUUCAUCGGGAAUGCCAUGGACCUGCUGCGCAUCCCUGGGUUGCUCAUGUACAUGAUACGGCUCUGCCUGGCCCGCUCGGCCGCGGAGCGGAGGAAUGUCAAACGACACCAGGCCUACGAGUUCCAGUUUGGAGCUGCUUAUGCCUGGAUGAUGUGUGUCUUCACUGUGGUCAUGACAUACAGCAUCACUUGCCCCAUCAUCGUCCCUUUUGGGCUCAUGUACAUGCUGCUUAAGCACCUGGUGGACCGAUACAACUUGUAUUAUGCUUACUUGCCUGCCAAGCUGGACAAGAAAAUCCAUUCAGGGGCUGUGAACCAGGUGGUGGCAGCCCCCAUCCUCUGCCUCUUCUGGCUUCUCUUCUUCUCCACCAUGCGCACAGGGUUCCUGGCCCCCACUUCCAUGUUCACCUUUGUGGUUCUCGUGAUCACCAUUGUGAUCUGCCUGUGUCACGUCUGCUUCGGGCACUUCAAAUACCUCAGCGCUCACAACUACAAGAUUGACCACACAGAGGUGGACGCUGUAGAAAACAGGCAGAAUGGGAGACCCGCCACCAGUCUGCCAGCUCCCAAAUCAGCUAAGUACAUCGCCCAAGUGCUGCAGGACUCCUCGCCGGAGGGUGAAGCAACAGAGUCGGAGGAGCAGGGCUCACAGGACGAGGAGCUCAUCAACGCAGAUGGCAUGAACGACACGGAUUUCCAGUCGUGUGAGGACAGCCUGAUAGAGAAUGAGAUCCACCAGUAGGGACCUCAGAGGGCGGGAGGGGAAGGAGGCCCAGGAGCGGGGCAGGCUGUGCGCAUGGAGACCUAGGGAGAAGCACCCAAGGGUGCUGGCCGCUGCCCUUGCCCGCCCGCCCCCCAGGGGGCCGCUGCCUUCAGUGAGGGCAGGAGCCCUGUCACAAGCUCUUCAUUUCCCUGCUCCUCCACCCUGCGCCGGCCCGGCAGCUCGGCGGGCAUGCUCUUUACUAGCUACCUUCUUCAACGUGUCCCCGGCCCCCAAAACCCUGGAGGCUGGGGAGAAGGGGGGCUGUGACCCCCACGGUGCUGCUCUGGACCUGCAGGGAGGAGGAAGGCUGGGUGAGCUGUGGGGAGGGGUGCAAGGGGAACCUUUGGGGUCUUCUCAGCAGGUCCCUCUGUCCCCCUUCCUCCUGGCAGGAAACACUAAUAAUUUAUUAGACUUGCAGGAAAGUGAUAAACUAAAAGCUUUAGUCAGUGUAUGGGAAGCCCCACCUAGGGAGGGGGUGCCUUUUGUUGCACCUUCUCCCUGCGCCUGCACAUGCCCUUUCUCAACCCCUUGCAGCACCCACUCGGUGUGAUGUGCUGAGAGCUGGGCCAGGCACUGGGGUAGUGACAGACAUCCCCUGCCAUGGGGAAGGUGCCAGCCUGGCCUCGUGGUCAGGGGUGGCACGGCUGUGGGGAAGGAACGGGAGCUAGGCAGCCCCUCGCAGGGUGAGGGGUGCUGAGGGCAGGAGGAGGCGCAGGCAGCCUCUCCCCCAAGUCCUGUCCCCUCCUCCCCAGGGGCACAGGCAGGGGGUUGCAGCAUCAUUUUAAGUGGCAUUUUACUCCCUUUUCAAUCAAAUCAACCAGACCCCUGUGCGGGACCCUGGCCCCCUUUGCUGUUCUGUGUCUGCACAGCAGGGUCAGGUCUUGGGGGCAGGGAGCUCUGCUGGGGGCCUCCCGGGUGCUAGGGAGAGGAGAGAAAGGGUCCUGGAUGGCAGACGCUCAGCACCCUGCGAGGUCGGUGCUGCCUGGUUGCAGUGGGGCCCCAUGGGCUGCCUUCCCUGAGCUGCCGCAGGGUCUUCCCCCAGCUGAGGGGGUCAGAGAGGGAGGGAGCCCUGGGAGCCCUCUCCGAGCAAGACCACCACCAUGUUCAGGAGCACAAAAGCUUCCUGGGGCUGUGCUGGCUUUCUUCACCUGCCCUGACUGGGUGUAGGCUCCCCUGCCAUCAUCCAGCCUGAGAGAGGGGGCUCUUCCUCCCCUACCUCCCCUUCCGCCCCUGGCCCCUCCCUGGCUGUAGCUGUGUCUCAGAGGCAGGCAGGGGACAGGAUGGAUGGGAGAGAGGUGGAUUGGAGCCCCUGACACCUGCAGGAAGGUCUGGCCCUGUUUAAAGGCUCUUUGAGAGCAGGUUUCUGGUCAGGAUCAGUUGCCCUCGAUUGCUUACCCCCUCCCCUUGUGUAAAAUGUAAAGGAAAAUAAUAAAUCUCCCUGCUAUCGAGCUAUAUUUAUUUCCCUCAACCCCUGCCACCAUCCUGUUUGGUGCUUAUUGCAGACACUACCACCCUCCCUUUGCCUGUCUCCUGUGGGUGCUGCACUGGCCCGUGGGGGCUGUGCCCUCCAGGGUCUGACAGGCUGGGUGGAAGGGGACAGUCAUUUACCUUUUCAGUCACCUGUGCUGGCCCUGGAGCUCCAAGCACUUUAAUAGACCUGAACAAGUGAAGCGUCAGCCCUGCCCUGCUCUGCUCUGGGGCAGGGUGCUCACAUCCAUGGCUUCUCUCUCCCUUGUCCCCUGGUGGAGGGGAGCCAGACACGCAGAGCGGGGGGGCUGCUCUGGGAGGAUGUAGCUGACUUUCCUGCACACCUCUCCGUAGGAAUCCUAGGCCUGGAGGAAAGGGGGACAGAGGGGAAGAGAUGCGGGUCUUCAGUGCAUGGGGAGGGCAGGCCACCUGGCUCCCAGGGCUUGGCUGGGGCUGGAGCACAUGUGGGUGCAGAGGGGCACAGUGAGUGUCAGCCGUCCCCCCAGGGCUGAGAUAAAAAUGGCAUGAGCAUGUGGGCUGAGAGCUCCUGCUCUGCUCCCAGGCUGGGGCAGGGGGGAUGUUGAUCCUGAUUCCCUAUUCUUGCACCCACAUACCACCCCUGCCCUGGUCCAGCAGGCGGGCUGGGAUGCUCCAGUCUCUAGGUACGGCCGUGGCCUGGGGCUGCCUCUGUGGCUGUCGGGGCUCUGCCCACGGAGAGCUGUGUGUUCCGAGUGGCACUGUCUGUGUAGAGAUGUGUAUAAUACCCUGUAUAUAUUUGUGUACAAAAGAAAAAAAGGAAAAAAAGGA